UCCGGAUUGGGUUAUCUUAGGGUAAGUGAGGAAACAUGGGCGGGGCAAAGCGACAUUUUUCAUUUGCUCGGUUUUCUUUUGCUUUAACGGAAAGAUGCCUGAACGCAACCAUUGCUGCUGCAUAUAUGAAUGUUGCUUGUUUAAGAGGUGAUUUCGCAUCAAGAAACCCGACUAACGGCUGAUGCACGAUAAGAAAUACGAAAAGCGGAGUCGCAGCACGGCGCGUUCAAAGAUCCCCCAGUAUAUAUACUUAUGAUCUUCGUGCUCACCAUCUUUUGUCUAUCAAAUUCGUGAAGCAGAGCUCGAUAUCAUCUACAAGAAUCAAAAUCUAUUCACUUUCAAGAACUUGAUUAGUGCAAUUGAUCUGAGAGUGUUUUUCUUCCCAAGUCUAUACUUAGAUUCUCUCACAGAUUUUAAAGAAGAUCAGAAUUUUCAAAAAGAAAUGCUAGACCGGAAACUUGAACAGGUACUUUCUGGGGGUCAGGUCUCAAUCGACCCGGAGGAGCUUCUUCCAGGCACAGUACAUUUGGUCGAUAUGGAAGAUAGCCUUCAUGUAAAAAAAGCAGGAGGAUCCAACCCAAAUAUUAUUCUCCAUCCACAGCCUCUGGAAAACGUGAAUGACCCACUUCGCUGGUCGCAAAGAAAAAAGAAUGCCCAGUUCAGUCUUCUUUUUGUUUGGAGUAUGUUUCUUGCGGUCACUGUGAACUGGAACGGUCCAUACUGGACGCAAUGGACAGUUGAGUUCGAUUGCACAUACAAUGAUCUUAAUCUCACGGCUGCCAUGUGCUUUCUUUUCUUAGGUCUUGGUUGUGUUUUCCUUCAACCUACGGCUAUGAAAUUAGGAAGAAGAUUUGUGUACUUGGUGUGUACAAUAAUCUCGUUGAUCUCUAAUAUUGUUGGAAUGCAGGCCACCAACUGGCAAUAUUUGAUUGCCGUGAAUGUCUUGGGCGGGUUCGCUGCAGCCCCAGUGGACUCUUUGGUUGAAAUCUCAUCUACUGAUGUUUUCUUCACCCACGAGAGGGCGACCAAAUUAGCCUGGUUGGUAAUGGCUUUAUAUUUUGGCUCGUAUAUUGGCCCCGUGGUUGCUGGCUACUUACCAGACUGGCAAUGGGCGUUUAGGCUCCAAGUGAUCAUUUUCUGCGUGUUGUUUGUUGUCCAGCUAUUUCUUAUGGAAGACACGACAUUUAGUCGAGAUGAGAAUAACACCGAGGAAGACAUUUUGCUGCAGAUUUGGUCCAAAGAAAUAGUGGUUCUGGCCGUCAAAUCGGGUGUUCUUUCUGAAAAAGAUAACCGCAUCCACCAUGUAGUAUCUGCACCUACCUCGGAUGUUUCUGAUGAGGAGGACUUGGAAGGUGUUCCCAGAACCUACUGGAAACGCAUGCAAAUAUUUGAGCUUGAGUUCAACAUGAAAGAAUCGUGGUUUUACUUGUUCAGUCGCCCAAUUCAAUUGGCUCCACUUCCUGCAGUGAUAUGGGGCGGUAUUGUUUAUGGCGCCCAGAUGAUGUGGCUUUCGCUCAUGGCCACGACACAAUCGGAGAUUUUCGAGACAUACUAUGGCUUCUCCACCUCUUCUACAGGUCUUACCAACUUGGCUCCAUUGGCUGGCUGCUUGAUUGGCAUGGUCUAUGGAGGACGAUUUGUGGACUGGCUCGCGGUUUUCUUGGCCAAAAGAAACAAAGGAGUUCUUGAGGCCGAGUUCAGACUCUACGCCAUGUGGUUUCCUACUUUGAUCAACGCAGCAGGUGUGCUCGCUUAUGGUCUUGGUGCAAACAGCAAGGCUCCGUGGGCCAUACCGGUUAUUGUGGGCCAAGGUUUUCUUGGGUUCUCCAUGACCUCUACAGGCCCGAUCUGUUUAACGUACGCUAUCGAAUGUUAUCCUGAAUUGUCUUCUGAGGCAUUGGUGUUGAUGUUGUUCGUUAGAAACAUGAUAGGCAUGGGUUUCACAUGGGGUAUCCAGGCUUGGUUAGAAAGAGAUGGACUUGUCACGACAACCUGGUUAAUGUUUAUGUUAUCGCUUAUUAUCAACGGGUUUGCGAUCUUCUUUAUAAUUUGGGGGAAGAAGUGGCGCAAAAUGACAAAGGAAUACUACUUGAGAAUUGCCAAUAAAUAGAAUGGUAUCCUACUACAGCUACAAAGAUACGAAUAAGUGCAUAUAUAUCAUUCGAGAGCAGGGC